UCAAACUUCCUCUGUUUCUUUCUUGGAAGUCCUCCAAUUGACUAUCUCUUCAGCAUUCGCUUGUUUUGGUUUUCGCCCACCCAGCUCUGCUUCUCUCUCAGCAUUAGUCAAAAACGCCUUUCACAAUUAGCGACCAUGGCCGCCUCAUCUCUUCCAUACAUGAAAACCAACCCCAAAAUAAUCUUUUUCACGGACUUCGAUGGCACAAUUACUCUUGAAGACAGCAACGAUGCUAUGAUCGAUAACCUGGGUUAUGGGCGCGACAAGCGCCGCGAAGGAAACCUGGCAGUCCUGGAAGGCACAAUGAGCUUUCGCGAUUCUUUCCGCGACAUGCUAGACAGUAUCAAGACCCCCUACAAUGAGUGUAUCGAGUACCUCAAGAAGAACAUGAAGCUCGACCCGUACUUUGUCGAGUUUUAUCAUUGGUCGCGGGAGAACAAUGUGCCCAUUGUGGUCUUGUCUUCCGGUAUGAUCCCCGUUAUCAGUGCUUUGUUCGAGGCCCUACUAGGCGGCAAGCCGGACGACCAUCUUCACAUCGUUGCGAAUGAGGUUGAGAGCCGCGAUGGCAAGGACAUCAACAGCGAGGGUGGCUGGAAAAUUAAGUACCACGACGACAGUCAUUUCGGCCACGACAAGUCCUUGGAAAUCAAGCCCUACGCCGCGCUGCCGGACAGUGAGCGACCGACCUUGCUGUACGCGGGCGAUGGGGUUUCUGAUCUUUCUGCCGCCGCAGAGACGGAUCUCUUGUUCGCCAAGAAGGGCAAAGACCUUGUGACUUUCUGCGAGCGCCAAGGCAUCUCCUUCACUCUGUUCGAGAGCUGGGAGUCGAUUCUUGCAACGACCAAGGAUAUCCUGGCGGGCAAGGUCCGAGCGGGCGUGCAGCUCGCCAUCUUCGCGUCCUUUGUCACCCUCCUCGUUUUGGUCUUGGACAAUCGAUUCCGUGUCCUCCCUGCCUCCAUUCAUGGCCACCUUCCGUCCCACUACAACGGCCUCGUCGUCACCGAUGUGACGGUCGUGACAUGUUCAUCAGUGAAUGUCUUUUCCAGCUGCAAACCAACCCCCCAGACGGCAUGGUCGCAGGUGGAAAAGGAUCUCUACCUCCGCACCGGCUGGACCUCGAGCGCUUUCGUCCGGUUCGAGCGCAAGAAAGAGGAGGAACUUUCCGCCGGCGACCGAGUGGUCAUCGAUCUCAAGAUCAGCCGACUCGUCCCCGAAUACUCAGAUAAGCCUGAAGACGAAGGGGAGACGUGGGAACAAAGACCCGGAGGCAUCUGGCUGAAGCGGACGGCCAAGCGCCACGCCAGUGACUCGCAGAAAGCGAUCACAGCCGUCGAUGUCUUGUUCGGCGCGGACGCAGUCGAUCCCCGUGUGGGCUGGGAGGUGAAAGAUACCCCGCUGCUACUGGAUAGCCGGACAGAGGCCCUGGAGGCCCGGAUUAGCGUGCGGAGAGGCGAUCCCGCCAAGACGAAGAAGCCGGUUCCGCGCAUCAAUGAGAACGGGCGCUUCAAGAUCAUGCAGCUGGCAGAUAUGCAUCUGAGCACAGGGCUUGGAGUCUGUCGAGACCCGGUCCCGGCGGAGUUUAUCCCGGGCCAGAAGUGCGAAGCCGAUCCCCGGACUCUGGAGUUCGUGGAGCGGCUUCUGGACGAAGAGCAGCCGGACUUUGUCGUUUUGAGCGGAGAUCAGGUCAACGGCGAGACGUCCAGGGAUGCGCAGAGCGCGCUCUUCAAGUCCGUGAAGUUGCUGGUCGAUCGCAAGAUCCCUUACGCGGCGAUCUUUGGCAAUCAUGACGACGAGGGAGACCUCACGCGGCCUGAAUUGAUGGCCAUCUUGGAGGACCUACCAUACUCGCUGUCAAGGGCGGGACCUGAGGAGGUGGACGGCGUUGGAAACUACUACGUCGAGAUCCUGGGACGCGGAAGCACUCAGCACUCCGCACUGACUUUGUACCUGCUGGAUAGCCACUCUUACUCGCCUGAUGAGCGCCAGUUCCGUGGCUAUGACUGGAUUAAACCGACUCAGAUCCACUGGUUCAAGAACACGGCUCAUGGCUUGCGCAACAAGCACCACGAAUACACCCACAUGCAUAUGAAUAUGGCUUUCAUCCAUAUUCCCGUGCCCGAGUACCGUGAUGCUGGCAACUACUACCGUGGCAACUGGUCCGAGGUCCCAACAGCUCCGGGCUUCAACUCGGGUUUCAAGGACGCUCUGGAGGAAGAAGGAAUUCUAUUCGUCAGCUGUGGACAUGAUCAUGUCAACGACUACUGCAUGCUGAAUCGCGAUCACGAAGAGAAGCCAUCUCUUUGGAUGUGCUAUGGAGGAGGCGUUGGAUUCGGCGGGUACGGAGGCUAUGGGGGCUACGUGCGACGGGUGCGUUUCUAUGACUUCGACAUGAACCCCGGCCGUGUGAUGACCUACAAGCGGCUUGAGCAUGGCGAAACUGAAGCCCGCUUCGACGAGAUGAUGAUCAUCGACGGAGGUACGGUCAAGGGGCCGGAUCUAGAAGCUUGAACCCCGUCUUUCAUCGGCGUUCAUUUCUUCUUUUGCUCAUUUCUUUUUGCUUUCUUUUCGGACGGAGGACUCAUCAGGCUCCUCGGUUCGAGUGAUUUUCCUCGGUCGCCCACCGGGGCAAAGCUCUUUUUUCACUAACCAUUCUUUGUACUAUACCUAUACCUAUGUGUGAGCUCGGAAUCGGCAUUUGCGGGAUUUGACGGUGGGUUUCGUUGCAAGGGGUACUUUCAAAAGAUUGAUUGCUAUUUGAAUGCAC